ACUCUGUCAGGCUGGUGAAUGGGACUAGUCUGUGCUCAGGUAGACUGGAGGUAAAGUCCAACCACUCUAACCAGUCCAACCAUUCCAACCAGUGGUGGUCAUCAGUGUGUGAAGAUGACUUUGACCAGCAGGAUGCAGAGGUGGUCUGUAGGGAGCUUGGCUGUGGGGCUCCUCAGUCCUCCAGGGGGCGCUCUAUGGAGAAGUGGAGGCUCCAAUGUGGACCAAAGAGUUCCAGUGUGGAGGCCAUGAGUCUGCUCUCCUGGACUGUAGAAGCUCAGGCUCAGAUAGAAACACCUGCUCACCUGGCAAAGCUGUUGGACUCACCUGCUCAGAACCUGUCAGGUUGGUGGGAGGAGACAGUCGCUGUGCAGGAACACUGGAGGCGAAACAUCAAGGAGACUGGAGACCAGUAUAUGGCUAUGGCUGGAACCUGGAGGAAGCAUCUGUUGUCUGUAGAGAUCUGGACUGUGGCUCUGCUGUUUCU